UGGUUGUUAGGUUAAAAAAAAAAAAGCUAAAAUGGAAGACUUGAAGAGGUCCUGCUGCUAGACACUUUUUUUAAAUUAAUUUUACGAUAUCAUAGGUCUGUUAAAUGCACCAGAUCUUGUAAAUAUAAUUCUUGAGAUCGGAGCAUUUCAUAUGACUCAUCUAUUUUACCAUAGUAGACAAUGGAUGAAAAUACAUCAUGGAGAACAUUGGCUGAUCAGAAAGAAAAGGAAUGGCGCCAAGUUCUUGAAUCUAGAAUUGAAACACUUGAGAAGGAGUGUGAAACUAAAGACAAGGCUCUCUCGGAAACAAUUUCUAAAUUUAAUGAGCUAAAAGAGCAUUUUAAAUACAAUUUAAAAUUACUGGAGGACAGAGACAGAGAAUUAGAAAAAUAUGAUUUAUCUUUUGCAGAAAUCCGCAAUGCACUAAAUGAAAAAAAUGCUGAAAUCAGUGAGCUAAAAAUACAUCUGGACGACUUGAAAAAUGUGAUCAAAAGAGAGGAGAAAACUAAAGAUGAGCUUCAGGCCAACUACCAGAGGCGACUUCGUGAGAAACAAGUUGAAGUUGACAACUAUAAAAGUUACAAAGACAAAGAGCUGUUAGAUGAGAGAAAAGAGUACGAAGAGUUUCGAAGAAACUUACAGCGACAGCUGACCAACGUCCAGAAUGAAUUAGAUAUUCAAAAGAGGGAGCUCACAAUGGAAUUUGAAGACGAACUGAAAAAAAGAGAGCAUGAGUUUAAACUGCGGCUUGAUGAAGUCAGUACGAAGGCUCUUGAGUAUGAACUGAAGGUGAAAGUUAUAACCAAAGAGCUGGAACUGGCCAGAGAAAGUCAUGAUAAGACAACAGCCGUAGUGGAGGAAGUGGAAGAUGCUCAGAGAAAGCUGGAAAAGUUUCUGAAACAGAAGGAGUGGGAGUUGAGUGAUGUAACAGCCAUUAAAGAUGCAGAGAUUUCUGAUUUAAAAAAUAAGCUCUCGUCUUGUGAGGCAGCAAUGAAAAAGAUGCAAGAAGAUUUUCAAAGGAAAUUCACUGAGAUGGAUAAAAUGACGAGAGAUAAAGAGGAAUUAGUAGAAAGGGUGAAAAAUGGUUAUCGUGAGAAAGAGGAAUCUCUUGCUGCUACAAUUCAAGACUUGCAGGCCAAGCUGGAGGAUUCUCGCAUCAGGGAGAGACAACUCCAAUGGUCCAAGGAAGAUCUGAUAAAGGAAAAAGAAAUGCAGACUGAAAACUUGAAAGAAGAAAUAAAAAACAUAAAAGAGAAAUGGGAUCGACAUGUGGCAGAACUUUCAAGAGAGCAUGUGAACAGAGACUUUGAACUUGAAACAGCACUGGAAGAGCAGAGGAGACUUAAACUUGAGCUAGACCAGAGAAAAGAAGAUUUAGAAAGGUAUAAAAAUGAACUGAAAGACGCAGCUGUGAGAGAAGAGAAACUGGACAAAGCCAAGAUUCAAGCUGAGUUGGACUGGCAGCGAAGGUGUGAAGACCUGGAAAGACAACAGUUUGAUAAGUCUGAGGACUUGAUCAAGCGACUGACCACUGCCAGAAAUGAUGCUGAGGCUUUGUUGAAAGAAAGGGAGAGAGAACUCCGUCAUAAGGUUCUUCUAAUUAAAUCUCUUCAUCGAGAGAGAGACCAGCUACGUACUCUUUUAAAGAAGGCUGACAUUCCUUUAGACAGUUUUACAAAAUACUCCCUUGAGUCUGUGGAGAAUGAUGAAGAAGAUUUGGAAUACAUAGAGAAACUGCAGAAAGAAAACUCCAGCCUAAAAGAGCUGAUAUCUCACAUGCGACAAGAAAUGGAAGCACUGGGAGGGGAGAUGCCAAAAUCAAGUUCGGCUAAAUAUUCUAAUAUUUUGACAGAUUCAGACACCUUCUCUAAAGAGCUUCAAGAACUGCGCAGAGAAAACAAAGAACUUAAGCAAAAGCUGAAAGAUAGCAGAAAGUUGAAUCUUCCAUCUCUGAAUGCUGCGCCAAGCCUGCAGGAUCAAAGUGAAGUCAUGACGUUAGUGGAUGGAAAUACUGCAGUAAAAAAUCACAUCUUGGCUCUUAAUGCAUCAAUAGGAAACUUGAGGUCUGAAAAAGUUGAAUUGGCAGCGAGUGUUAAAAAACAGCAAGCUCGCAUUGCCUUUCUGGAGAACUCUUUGGAAAAUAUUUCUAGCCAGCCAAGACAAAAGCAAAUUCAGAUUGACCAGUUAACUUAUGAAUUGAGUACGUGUCGUCGAAGAUAUGAAGCAGAAAUAAAUGGACUUAAGUCUAGAGUGGCUGACCUUGAACUCUUGUUGAGUGAGGCUCGCAGGGAAGCAGAUGAGUACCACCGUGCAAGUUUGGAAAGAAAUGAAGAACUUGUCGCUUUAGGAAAUCAGCUCUCUGCCCUGAAAAUGGAAAUGGCUGAAGCGAAUCCCUCCAUUCAUUUCGGAGCUCAGGAACUGUACAUACAACAGCUGCAGUCAGAGAUCAGCCAGUUACGUCGAACCACUACAGCGGCUGAUGAAUCUGUCAAUAAUUUUCUGGAGAGUAAACUGGACAAGUUCAGUGCAACUGAUGUGAAGAGUAAACUAAAGUUGGCGGCUGCAAAAAUUAUUCAGUUAGCCAAAGAGAACAUGCAGCUGACUGAAUCUAACAACAGGCUGAGAACUGAACUCAAGGUAGCAACAUCAGAAAAAAAACCUUCUAAACCAAGCUCCAAUGGUGCUCAUCUAUCUGUGGACCAUUUAAAAAGACUUAAUUAUGAUGCUGAAUCUAAAGAGAACCAGCCAACAAUGUCACAGCACGACCGUUUGGCAGAGUUGGAGAAAUUACAGUACCAGCUAACCAAACAAGAACUCCAGUUUGCACAGAGAUUUAGAAAUGAGAAAACCGAAGAUUCUAGGCAUGCUUUGAAUAACAUUGAAAUACCUGAAAAAGAUAUGAGUGAUUCCGGUGAUAGAGUCGAGUCUCCACUCUAUGAUUUUCAACCCAGAAAGGCUAAGUCAACUCCACCAAGAACAAAGUCUGGUGGACUAAGUGCUAGACAAGUGGACUCACGUAUGUUUAUGAGCAUGUCAUCAGGUGGAGGUGACUCUAUACAAAAAGUAUGGGAACUGCUGGAGCAGGAGUCAGUCACCAGUGGGGGAUCAACCAAACUGCCAUCAGCUCAAAUGGUGUCAGUACUUCAUCCUCGGCAGUCAGGGGAGGCUAAUGAUAGUAUCAAGUUCAACAACCCUGAGGAACUUAUCUUGAAAGGGCAAAAAGCAGAACUUAAGUCAGCAUUAAGACAUCCGCCGUCCACAGCCAAGGUUUCUGUUAAAAGGCCUACACAGGCAAGACAGAAAGUAAGAAACUAUAAUGUCAAAGAUGACUCUUUCGUCAGGUGAUAGUUCAAGAUAAUACAAGUUGCACCUAAUACCAACUUGUCUACCUAUCAUGCAUAAAAAAAAAAGAAUUUAUAAGUGAAGAUCCCAGUGGAUAUUGAAGUUUCGACAGACAUUCCACAAGACUUAAUUACAAAGUUAUGUUAAUGCUUUGAAGCUGUGCUGCAAUGUGCAUGUAUCUCAGGAAAAUUUGGCAAAGUAUUAGAGAAAAAAUGUUAUCUUUUUUUUGUUUACAUUUUACCAAAAAUAUGUUGCCUUCAUGUCAUUUUCUGAUAUCUCUGUUUGGUUAAUGCAAAGGCUAUUUUUUUAAGAUUGAAGAUUGUACCUUUCUAUGUACAUACAACUGCUAAAUAAUUCUAAACACGAUUUAUUUUUUGAGAGCAGAGUUAGCAACCAUGCAGCAUGUUGAAUGGAAAGUAACAUUAAAAUGUCUUUAGACCUACACACAUGAGGCUUAUACUUAAUGUAUCAGUGUUGCAGUAGUAUAACAAUAAUGAAAUUAGAAAUGCACCAUUUAUACAAUAAGCUGCUCAGAAAUGUUUGAUAAUUACUACAAUGUCAUUUCCUAUUAAUUUUGGCUUUAAAGUUUGAUCUUCACUCUGAAAAGUCUGUCACAGUCAAGGUGUGGGAAUGUUGCAUCUUGUGCAACUGCUGCCAUUGCUCUUUGUUUUUUUUUAAUUUUGGCUAAUCUUUUUUUUUUUCUUUGCUAUGUGCCCUUAAACCCCCCUCAUGAAUUUAUGUCGAGUGAGACUAUCAUGGGCUGAAAUUGGACACUUAUAUCAAUCCCCUGUAAAUAAAAGCCAGGAUUUGGUAGAUAGCCUGUGUCAAUAGCAAUCAGAAAUGACCUACCUAGGUUAGAAUUUAGGUCUCAAAUAGUUCCAUUGUAUUCGCAGCCUUGUGUCAAUAAAGUUCAUUUAUUUGUAUAAAUUGAAAUAAAAACUGUGAUAUAAUUUAUUUCAAUGCACAAUUGUCUCCCUUCAACAAGUUAUGUUUUAGGACAUUUUAUCACAAUAUUAGUUUUUUUUUUUUUUUUUUUUUUUUUUAAUUAAUGAUUGUUAAGUAGAGUGGAUGUACUUCAUAUAUAUAUAUAUGUAUAAACUAUUUUGUAAUCUAAGUAUUAUAUUGUCCAAGAGCUCUCUGUACUGCUUAAUGUACUGUACUAAUCCUUUAUUCUGCUAAGACAGAUGGGGGGAUGAAGUACAUAGAGAUUUUUGUUCUGUAACACUCUAUUAAAUUAUUUCUCUUUUAAAAUGAAAAUUUUGUAUAACAUACAACUUUA